AUGAAUAGGAAUAUUCUCUCGACAUCAAUAUUUCUCUUAAGAAAUACAUGGACCCGCUCUAUUCAUACGACAGCGAUCAACUAUGCCAUGCCGACCAAAGCGAAGAAGAAAGCCGAUCCAAUGUCGGAUAAGAUUCGAGAAGAUCGUAAACGACGUCGGUAUGAGAAAGUGAUUAGUAAAUUAGAAAAAUUCAAACUUCAAUUAAAACCUGUUCAUGAGUACGAACCCGAACGACGAAUUCUCAAGGAACUUGACGUUCGAAAACGUGCACCUACUGAAUUGACUUCCGAAGAAACGACGCGUCGACUGAUGUUAAAUCGUGAUUGGGCUAAACAUAAGCAUAAACAACAUCAACAAGAGAUCACUUUCAUCUCUCGCGCUAUCAAAUCCCAAGAAAGUGCAUUAGAACAGUUGAAACAAGAAAGUGAACAACUUUACGAACAAGCAAUACAAGUAGAUAAAAAGUUAAUUCCAUUUAUUCGUCGUGGACCUCUCUAUAGUCUUCCGAAUCCGAACUAUGAUGCACCUGAUGGUGAUUAUUUCGAUACAACGAAUUAUUUUACUAAAGGUUUCGGUGUGAAUUUCAUGGAGCAUAUGAAAACAAUGGAACGUCAGAAAUGGACGGAGAUACGUGCUGAACGUCGAGCUAAAAAGGAAGAAAAAGAUGACGAUAAAUAG